GCUACAUGUUAUGUCACUCGUAAUAAGCACGUUUACAAAAGUUAAAGAACGAAUCCGUAUUCUUAAUACUUUGCAGGAAGGUCAUAAUCUACCAUGUUGAGUAGGCUGUUAGUUAAGCCUCGUCUGGUCUCGUUAGCAUGUCGAAUUUUGGUGACAAAAAGCUUGAAAACAUCGUCGACGGAUGAAACCACUGCUGCUGCUCCAAGUAUGGCCACUUCAGAAAAUGAAGUGGCAGAGUUGAGACCUCUUUACCUUGAUGCGCAAGCAACCACCCCUCUGGACCCACGUGUGUUGGAUGCUAUGAUGCCAUAUUCAGUUUCUUAUUAUGGAAACCCACACUCGCGUACACAUGCCUAUGGCUGGGAGAGUGAGCAGGCUGUGGAACAUGCUAGAAAGCAAGUAGCAGACCUGAUUGGUGCAGAUCUGAAAGAAAUUGUAUUCACCAGUGGGGCUACUGAAUCAAACAACAUAUCUGUUAAGGGAGUUGGACGCUUUUAUAAGAAGAAUAAGAAACAUGUUAUAACUACACAAACGGAGCAUAAGUGUGUUCUGGAUUCUUGCCGCUCGCUUGAAAGUGAAGGAUUUGAAGUUACCUACCUGCCAGUAAUGAAAAAUGGACUUAUUGACAUGGACCAACUGGAGGCAGCCAUCAGACCCGACACAUCUCUAGUCUCAAUAAUGACAGUCAACAAUGAAAUUGGAGUCACACAACCUAUUGGAGAAAUUGGAUCCCUCUGCCGAAAAAAUAAAGUCUUCUUUCACACAGAUGCAGCACAAGCAGUUGGUAAGAUUCCACUUGAUGUGAAUGACCUAAAGAUUGACUUAAUGUCAAUUAGUGGCCACAAGAUUUAUGGACCUAAAGGUGUUGGUGCCUUAUACAUCAGAAGGAGACCACGGGUCAGGGUGGAACCUAUUCAGAGUGGAGGAGGACAGGAGAGGGGCAUGCGGAGUGGUACAGUGCCUCAUGUGUUGGCAGUAGGAUUGGGUGCGGCUUGUGAAGUAGCUCUAGAGGAAUUGGAGUAUGACCACAAGAGGGUGACAGAAUUGUCUAAGCGCUUGGUAAAUGGCAUCACAGAUGGGUUAACCCACGUGAUCAGAAACGGUGACCCGGAUCAUACUUAUCCCGGAUGUGUGAAUCUGUCUUUUGCAUUUGUGGAGGGAGAGAGUCUGCUGAUGGCUCUUAAAGACGUGGCUCUUUCGUCAGGCAGUGCUUGUACGUCUGCCUCGUUGGAGCCCUCUUAUGUCCUCCGAGCGAUAGGCGCUGAUGAAGAUCUUGCUCACUCCUCUAUCAGGUUUGGAAUUGGACGUUUUACUACAGAAGAAGAGAUAGAUUACACCGUGGAGAGAACAGUUAAACAUGUGAAACGUCUACGUGAAAUGAGUCCGUUGUGGGAAAUGGUUCAAGAAGGAAUCGAUCUGAAGACCAUCCAAUGGUCACAGCACUGAUCAGUCAGGACUCUUCAAAAGUCGAUCUCAACAUAGAAAAUACCCUCACUGCUCUUUCCACUCUCCAUGUUUGUUGAGGAAAUUUGGUUGUGCAAGAUUGCAGUUUCCUUUGCGAUAGAAAUCGUGGCAAGAGAGUAUGGCUGCAUACGAAUCUUCGACAGAAAAAAAGAAGCCUUCAUUUCUUUUAGAUGUUUCAAAUGUAACUAUCAUGGACAAAAAGGUCGCUACCAACGAGCAAGUCUGUCAGUUAUUGGUCUAGGACAUUGUUGACUGGGUUCAAAUAAAGUUCAGGCAAAAGCUGCUCAUAGACAAACUUUAA